CGAAGACGGAAAGACAGCAUGUCCAGGCCGACCUCAGCCGGCCAGGAGAGCCCGACAGCUAUUCCGGACCGGAGCGAAUUCCUCGCCAAACUCCUACUAGACGUUGAUACGCUCUAUCGGUUGUCUUCUCGCCUAUCGUCCUUAUAUCGGAAAAUAGCCUCCACCCCCUCCAAGCAGUUUUUCCCUACAGCCAUCACCCGGCUGCCGACGGGCCACGAAACCGGUCGCUAUCUCGCGGUCUAUGUUGGUUUGUCGUAUUUGAGGGUGGCCUUCAUUGAUCUUCUGAAAGACCAACCCAUCCAGGGACAGUCGCGUGUCAGGAGAACCCUGGAGAAAGCGUGGCCCAUCGAAGAGCAUCUGCGACGAGAUGACGCGUUCAAUUUGUUCACCUGGAUUGGAGACUGUAUUGCCGAAGUGGUAGCCGACAGUCUCGAUAAUCCUCGAGAGAGAAUGCCAAGCGAACUAACUACAGGGAUCUCAUUUUGCUUGCCUCUUGAGCAAAAGUCACUCGACGAAGCCAUUCUGAUGCCCACGGGAAAAGGCUUUGUCUUGAGUUCAGAUCUAAACCUUCGCCAGGCCUUGCUGCGUGGGUAUGAGCGCCACACGCGUAGCUUUGAUGAAGACCGCGACCGACCAGGUCCAGCCAAAAAGCGCAAGCUUUACAGUCUACCUACCUUGAAAAUCGCUGUUAUGACUAACGAUACGGGCGCGACCCUUGCGUCGCUAGCAUACUCGAUCCCUUCGUUACCUAACACCCGCGUGGUUAUGGGUUUGAUUGUCGGGGCGGGCUGCAACGCGACUGUCCCUUUUCCAAUAGCAGACUUGCAUGAGUCUAAAACUCGGGAUCUUCGGUUGCAGGAACCGGAUGCGGUUGAAACACUUGUCUCUACAGAAUGGACAUUGUCGAGCGCGGCGGCUCCCUUAAAUGAACUAGGCAUCAUAACCGCAUGGGACGAAGAACUAGACAAACGAUCGAAGCGACCGGGGUUUCAACCGUUUGAGUAUAUGGUUGGAGGAGCACAUGUUGGCGAGCUAGUUCGAAUCAUCACGUUUGACUGGUUUCAUCGAGUUUGCGGAGUUGCGGCCUCUGACCUUCCCCCGAAGCUCGUCCAGGAACGGUCCCUUCAAACCGACUUUUUAUCCUUGGAAGUGGCGUCUGCUCACAGCAAAAGAAGACUUGCAGUCACAUUAUCAAAGCAUCUUCCUCCUCCGGAGAAGAGCAGCUGGACAUGGACUCCUGAAUCAGCAAGUGAUCUCCGUGCCAUUUCAGCGGCAAUACAGGACCGCGCGGCCUCUUUGGUGGCUUCUGCGGUCGUUGGGCUUCUGGUCUGUACGCGCGAGAUUCGUCUUCAAAAUCCCGAGUCCUCUAGCUCUCCGAAUGAUAAUCAAGAACCCAUCAGCAACGAACACCCCCUUGGUUCCGGUUGGAAAAAUGGACCCGAGGAGCUGGCGGUCGCAGUCUCGGGUGGUGUGAUCCAGCACUACCCGAACUAUAAGGCGACGGUUCAGAGAUAUAUCGACCGGCUUAUCUUACGCGCGGGCCCGCAGGAUGGAGGCAAAAGUGUUUUCCUUCGCGAGGUCAGCGAUGGUGGAAUUAUUGGGGUCGGUGUGCUUGCAGGAAUGGCCUCCGGAGAGAUAGGAGAAAUCAUUCUCGGAUCAUUAGACCGAGACAACCAUUUAGAUGAUGAUAACUAGAUUCAAUCAAUUUUUG